AACCCUAAAUCUUGCUGCAAGCCCUAAAUCAUGGCGAAUCGACCUGAGUUGCUUGCUCCGCCGGAGAUUUUCUACGACGAUACUGAGGCUCGCAAGUAUACUUCUUCUUCCCGUAUCGUCGAAAUUCAGGCCAAGCUGUCGGAGCGAGCCUUGGAGCUUCUUGCUUUGCCUGAUGACGGAGUUCCCAGAUUGCUGCUUGAUAUCGGUUGUGGAUCUGGUCUCAGUGGAGAGACGCUGUCUGAAAACGGUCACCAAUGGAUUGGUUUGGACAUUUCGGCCUCGAUGCUUAAUGUUGCUCUAGAACGAGAAGUUGAGGGUGAUCUUUUUCUUGGCGACAUGGGGCAGGGCUUAGCCCUUCGUCCUGGAGUUAUGGACGGAGCCAUCAGCAUAUCUGCUGUUCAGUGGCUAUGCAAUGCAGACAAGUCAUCCCAUGAACCUCGUUUGAGGAUGAAGGCUUUCUUUGGUUCAUUAUACCGAUGCUUAGGAAGGGGAGCAAGAGCGGUAUUCCAAGUGUAUCCAGAGAACAUAGCUCAGCGUGAAUUGCUUCUACGACAGGCCUUGCAGGCUGGAUUUGGGGGUGGAAUUGUUGUUGACUUCCCACACAGCACCAAGAGGAGAAAAGAGUUUCUUGUUCUCACAUGCGGGGCUCCGUCUCUGAGCUCAGCUGUUCCGGCCGGUAAAGGUGAAGAUGGAGAGAGUUGUUCGGACGAAGACGGUAGUGAAGAUGAAGAAAAUGGAAUGCAGGUGGGGGUGUCGGAGAGGCAGAGGCCAAGGAAGAAGCAGAGGACGAACAAGAAGGGGAAAGUGGGGAGGGAAUGGGUGCUGAAGAAGAAAGAGCAGAUGCGUAGGAAAGGCAACGUGGUUCCUCCCGACUCUAAAUACACUGCCAGGAAGCGCAAGUCUCGUUUCUAGUCUCUCCUCCCCUCUCUUCCUUUCCUUUUGUUUUGCUUGUGUGCGCUCUUAUAAAAAUUCAUUAUACUUUUUUGUAUUAAAAUUAUGUUAUACUUAGAUUAUAUAAAUAUUCAAGCUUUGAACA